AUGCAAAAUGGCAGUGGGAAUUUCACAACAACAAAUGAACUAUGCGAGAAAGAAACCGAAGGUGAAAUGGUCGCCCAUGCCGUGUUUUUGAGCGCCGUAAUGGCUUUUACAUUGUUUGGCAAUUUUCUAGUCAUCGGCACAGUUGCUACGUAUGAAAAGCUACGAACUGUGACCAAUUAUUUCGUCAUUUCCCUCGCAGUCUCUGAUGUGUUGGUUGGCUUGACAACGCUGCCAUUAAAGGUUUGUUUUACUUUUGUUCAAACGGGACAGGAUGAAUUCGAAACCUUUCUCCUUCACUCGCAAAAGCAUUUUGUUAUUUACGAUUUUAGUUUAACACGCAAGCUGUGAGCCCAAAACUCUCUCCUUCUCAAGUUUCACGUGGAAACAAAAUGUGUGAGUCAUUCCGUUGCCCGCUUGCCUUCCUCCCUCCCUCUGCGAAUACUGAGUGACCCUAUUUGCUGCUGCCCGCAUCUCAACCCCACUGACCCUAAUUCGUAUCUUACCCUGAUCCUAACCCCUGACCUUACCUAGCUCAUAAACAGCUACUCAGCGAGACAUGAAUCUGUUUAUAAGAGAGUGUCCGGGAAAAUGUAAAUCAUUCCCCCCCCGCGCAUUCAUCAAUUACUUGCAUGCCUUACAAUAGCACGCAUGUUAAACCAAGGAGAAACUUGAGAAGGGUAUAAACCAUUUGCAGAAUUACUGGAACAUAGCAACAUGCGCGCAUAGCUUCGACUUCAUUCUUUUGAAAAGACAGAAACGUCAAACAUUAAGUCAGUCUCGUACCCAGAGUAUGCCCGUUCGCAGGUUAGGUAUUGGGCAUGACAUUAAGUCGAAAUGAAAUUCUAAAGAAAUGAAAGAAUGAAGAAGAGGCAAUGCAUAUAAUGAUACGCCCCAGCCACUGUGAGCAGCUAGAGGGUAAUGUAUUCUUAUUGUAGUGUAGUACUAAGUCGAGUUCUUCAUUAUUCACCAUAGAUCGACCAGAUGACCCACAACAAGAAAUGGUGUCAUGGUAUGGAGUUAUGUACGUCAUGGAUUAUUGCGGAUAUCGUGUGCAAUUGUGCCUCAAUCUGGAACUUAGUUCUCAUUAGCAUUGACCGCGCUAUCGCAAUCUCCUACCCGUUUCACUAUCGCGAGAUGAUUACUAAGAGGAAAGCGUGUCUGUUCAUUGCUUUGGUUUGGUGUGGUUCCAUCUUGAUGGCUUUCUUGGGAAUGCUGAACUGGACUUUCCCUGGGAAAGAACAUAUAUUCACUGUGUUCUCAUGUCAGAAAGGUGAUCGAGUGUAUUACACUGUCGCGGCGACUGUGGGCUUCUUUUUACCACUGGUUAUUAUUCUCAUUUCGUAUGGUAAGAAUCUUUGUGGUUAUUGGAAUCUAACGGACCUCUUUGUUCUCAUUAUUACAAUUAUAAUUACUGCCAAAAUAACCACCAUCAUAACCAACAGCAAUGCAGCAUCACUACCAUUGUAAUCACUACUACCGUCAUCAUCCAUCAUCAUCAUCACAAUCCCCAAUAUCACCACCAUCAUAACCACCAUCAUAUCACCGUACUUUUACUAUUAUAAUAAUCACAAUAACCUUUAACAAUUAAUAUUACCAUUAUUAUUAUUAUUAUUAUUAUUAUUAUUAUAAACCCGACAUUAUCAAAUUACAUUAUCAUCACUAUAGAAGAAUAACCGUAAUGACCACCAAAGAGUCAUGAGAAUAUCAGAUACAAAAGUCCUGGGCAGCUAGGAAAAUGUUUUUCUAAUGUUUGCCUAUCCUUGGAAAUCUCUUUAUUAGGAAAUAAUACUUCCUAACAAAGCCAGAAACAUUUUUUAUUUCUAAGUAUUUUCUAAGUAUACAUUUUUGCGAAAACAUUUUUUUGGUUCGCCCAAGUUUGGAAGGAUAGCUAACUAGAAAUCAAUGAUUUUAGAACGAUCAACGAUGUUCCUUAGCCAGCCCAGAGAAAUGUUUCUGACAAUUGUAUUCUAUAGUUUUCCCAUUUUGAUAGUGACAUUCUUAGGUUACAAACGUUCCGCAAAAAUGUUUAUAAAAUAACAUGUAUAUAACGCGUAUUCUGAUUGGUCGAAAGCCGUGUUUGGAUCAGGCCAUCCAAACACGGAAACCAUAAAGUAAUUGUAUAUUCCUAGUUUACAUAGCCUUCGUAGCAGGCGUUUACUGUGCUAAACACGCUUCUUUUUCGUCUAUUUAUUUCAAAGGUAUCGUGUUCAGUAUAGCAUUAUCACAAGCGAAAGCCGUAGCAGCGACAGCCAGACGUAACUCGCUUACAACAGUCCACUUCCUUCGCGAAUUUAAAGCAGGAAAAACCCUGGCGAUUGUCGUGGGAGCCUUUAUAGUGUGCUGGUUACCAUUCUUCAUUAUUCUCCUAGUCACAUUCUGGGCACCGCUGCAGUUCUACGAAUGGAGCAUGCGCAAUAAGUUGGCAUUCGAGUUUGUAGACGUCACAUUCAUUUACUUGCUGACGUCAGUAAAUUCGUCCCUAAACCCCUUCAUCUACGCGCUGUUCAACACAGAACUCCGAAGGGGGUUUCUGAAAUUUUUCUUCAAGAUUAUCGGUGUGAAAGCACAUCAGCAAAAUGCGGGCGAUGGACAUUCCGGUUCUGUUUCCUACAGCUCAAGAAGACGCUCGAGCACUCCGCUCACAUUUUUGAAAAGAAAUUCGUCCGUUUAA